AUGGUGUUGCUAAAACUCAAGUUCCCCUUCCAGAAGCGGGUGCGUUUGGCCCAGGGGCUCUGGCUGCUUUCAUGGGUGGCCAUGUUCUCUGGUGCCAUCACCUUCGCUAUGGGGGUCUUCCUCAAAACUGAGCUACAUCGCAGAUCAGAGGUGAUGCACAGUAUGGACAUCCACAUUGUGCCAAAUCUGCUGAUGGCAGUGGGGUUAGCGUCAGUGGGCAUCAACAUCUGUGCUGGUAAAGUCUGCCAGGACUCACUGGACCCCUCACGUUUCCCACGCUGGAAGACGCUUCUGCUGCCGUUCUUCUGCUUGUCGGUCUUCUUCACGUCUCUGCUGCUGGUGGCCAUGAUCCUGAGCUACGCUCUGCAGCCCAGCCUGGAGGAGUCGCUGAAAAUCGGCCUGAAGAAUGGCAUUCGCUUCUACAAGGACACAGACACACCAGGCCGCUGUUUCCAGAAGGAGACUAUUGACCGUCUGCAGAUUGAGUUCCAGUGCUGUGGAAACACCAACUACAGGGACUGGUUUGAGGUGCAGUGGAUCAGCAACCGCUACCUGGACUUCACAUCCAAAGAAGUGAAGGAUCGUGUGAGGAGUAAUGUAGACGGCCGGUAUCUGCUGGACGGCGUCCCAUUCAGCUGCUGUAACCCAGCCUCACCGCGGCCCUGCAUUCAGUACAGUCUCCUGGACAAUAAUGCCCACUACAACUAUGAAUACCAGAGCGAAGAGCUGAACCUGUACAACCGCGGCUGCCGUCAGGCCCUCGUCAGUUACUACAUGGGCUUAAUGAACACCAUCGGCCCGUGUGUUCUGCUUGUUUUCCUUCUCCAGAUGGCCAUUCUGGUGGGUCUGCGCUAUCUGCAGACUGCAAUGGAGGGAGUGCUGGGACAGGAGAAUGUGGAGAUCGAGACGGAAGGAUACAUCCUAGAGAAGGGAGUGAAGGAGACAUUGCUGGAGACCAAAGAAAAGAUGAUGAAACUCCUCCAGUUCGCUCAGGUGGGCGACGCGUCUGCUGAGACCCCAGGAACAGAGCCAGAGGCGGAGAAACCAGCCACAGCCUAA